AUGGCACCUCUCCUCCUUGCGCCGCCCCAUCUAGGGCGUGCCUCCUCCCUGCAAGCUGCCCCCUCCUGGCUGGCUGCAACCCAGCAGAUUGCAUCUGUUGGCCGGCUGCACCCCAACAGAUUGCAUCUAUGGAUGUCCUGUGUCACCGGCGCCUCCUCCACCGCCGGCAACACCACCGACGGCGGCGAUUCCUUUCUCGACGGUCUCGCUGCUCUCUUCUCUGACAACACUGUGCCCCUGUCGACUCCCAUGGCUGCCUACGCCGCCGUCUCCGUCUGCCUUUGUUUUCCUUCUCCUCCUGACUCCUGUGGGUGCGGUGUAGGGUUUGGGGAAGCUUUGGGGAGGGCUGGAUCUCGCCGCAGUGGGGGCGCGGCGGCGGCGGAGGAGCCCAUCGGGGGUGCGCCGGCGCCGAACCACCCCAUCCACGCCGUCCUCGCCGCGCGCUACCGGGGCUCGCGCCUCCUCUCCUGCAUUUGGCUCCUUCCUCUUCAGGACUUUGCUGUUGUGCUUUCGGUCUCAACAGCGUGUUCGUCGUGCUGCUCCACCUGGUUCGGUCACCGUUGUCUGACUGCUCCUCCUCUCUGGAUUUGGUGGCUUGCUUGUGGGACGCCUUGCUCGUGCCGAGCUCCUGCUGCAGGUUAUAAGAUACAGGAAAGUGUUCAUGUGUCUUGCAGUCUCAUACUGGCCCAUGUUAUGGACAGUCUCAAAUUGAAGGUGCACAGCUCUGGCUAUGACACUACCUUACAAGGACUCAAUAUGGAAACAGCAUGGAUGCAUGUUGAUCUCCCAUGUGGGAACAGGCCAGGAACAGAUACAAGCAUUGUCAUAUUUGGUACUCCACAACCCUCUCAGAAUGAAGCUGAUGAAAGUGUGUGCCAAGCAGUCCUCAAUUACUAUUGCAGUGCUAGGGAUGUGAACAUCGACAAUUUCAGUUACAGCAUUCUGAAAAUGAAACAAGAGUAAUUGGAGGCCAGCAAUUUUUUCUGUGGUGCUAUGCAAGACAAAGUGAUGCAUCUGCUGCUUGAACGUGACGCUGCUCUUGCUUCUGUUGAGAACAAGAAUCAAAACAAAGAUGUGAAGGUGAAACCUCUUAGUGAAUCUUUCAUCAAGAAGAAACAGGAUGAACUCAGCAAUAAUUUCUUUUAUGAGAUCCUCCAAGACAAAAUAACAAAUUUGCUUCAAGGCCGCAGUGUUCAGAAACAACGCCACAACACUAUGAUACAUGGCUUGGCUGAUAUCUGUGACACCUUUGCUGAUCUCCUUCCACUUAAAAAGAUUGAUGAUAGUCAGACCAUCUCUGAAUACACCGAGACUGGGUUCAUUUUUUGUGGCAGCAAGAACAAUCCAUCACGCAUUGAUCAGCUUGCUUUGGCUCUUCUCAAGAUCCUGUGCGACGGGAUUAUCGAUGACACGAAGCACGGCACCACAGCGUACUGAGGAUGCGCACGUCCAGCCCAUUGUAUAUACCCCCCCACCCCCCCACCCCACUGCUACUACGUCUGUCUUCCACUCAAAAAGAUAGCAGCAGCCUAACCAUGUAUUGAUGGUUCCUUUUGCGUGCUUUACCGCUUAGCAUGGCUAACUAUGGUAUAGCACUUUCUUUUGGCACUUGACUUUAACAGGUGGAAAGACCUACAAGGCCUACAGCAUUAUUUUGUGAGGGUGUUGCAUAAUGAAGCACCACUCAGAACAAUGAUCCAGAACAUGGUUCAGAGAGCAUCUCUGCAGCAACUUCACACACAAAGACUUAGAAACCAACUUCUAGAUCUUUUUGGUUGUUUAUUUUGGCAGCAAAACCUGAAUCAUAAUGCUGUAGCAAACUGCCUAUGUCACUCAAUUUGUCAACUGAGUAUCCUGCUGCAGAAAAACAUGCUCAGCUCUCCUUGCUGGUUUUAGCUUUGUGUGUGUUUAGUUGAUGUCUAUUCUGUAGUACCACAUCUGGCCUCAUCAUAGCAGCUAUGCUUAUUGGAUGUUGCUAGGAACUUCUGAAUGAAAAUGUAUUACAGUCACCGAACUGCAUGGUGCAUGUGAUCCUGUAAACUAAACCUGAAUCAUAUAUGCACGAGUAUUCCUUUUGAAAUAUAGUGAUCAUCUCUGCUGCUGUUUAUG